AGCGUUACGUAAAGAUAGCAGACAGACAGUAGUGCAUUAAAUGUCGUUUUAACUUAACUUCGAGCAAAGAAUAUCUGUACUGGUAAAACGGCUAUCUUGUGGUUUAUUUGUUUUGAGAGUUAUGUUGUAGUAACACGCAAUAUGUUUCAGGCUGACUCCACCUGCUGGCUUGUAAGCAUCAUGAGCACAUUGUUACACUGAACGUCAUCGACUGACUGCUCUGGCUGCGAGCUAGUUGAACUCGCACUGAAGAAGGUGGAUUAGUGCACCAACUCACCGGUUUUUAUUUUAAAAGGCUCAGUUUGAAGGAUAACAUUACCAGGUGUUUCUUUCUCUAUGCUACAACAUCUAUUGGGUGAAGUUUUCUGGAUUUCAGACAGCGCGUGGCAUUAAAGCAGCAUGUCAAGGUCUGAUUUUCCUCCGGGUUACGAUGAUUCGCGGCUGCUCUCUAACCCUCAGCCUGGAGGAGGUUACCCUGCUUCGGCCCCCCCAUAUGGCUUCAACGCGUACGGGGGACAGCCGCCUUACCCACAGCCCAAUGAUCCAUACCGAGGCCAGCCUGCGGGAUACCCCCCGCCAAGUAUGCCUGUCAUCCCCGUCAUCCCUCCUGGUUUAGGUGAUAAUGAAGGAUUUACCACAACAGGAGGAUUUGACGAUAUUAGUGUCCGUCACACUUUUAUACGAAAAGUUUAUCUGAUCCUCGCUGCGCAGCUUCUGGUCACAGCUACCAUCGUGGCUAUUUUCACAUUUGUGGAACCUGUAGGAGUGUUUGUGAGGAAAAAUCCAGCCAUUUACUGGGUUUCAUAUGCUGUCUAUUUUGUCACUCACAUGGUAUUGGUUUGCUGUCAGGGACCCAGGAGGCGUUUCCCAUGGAACCUGAUCCUGUUGGCCAUUUUUACACUGGCCUUAUCAUUCAUGACUGGAAAUAUAGCAAGCUAUUACAGCACUAAGGCAGUUUUCCUGGCCCUGGGCAUCACUGUUCUUGUGUCUGUUGCGGUGACAGUGUUCUGCUUCCAGACUAAGGUGGAUUUCACUAAAUGUUCAGGUUUUUUCUGCGUCCUCGGAAUCGUCGUGUUUGUGACUGGCAUCAUCACAGCUAUCGUGCUGUCAUUCAAAUACAUCCCAUGGCUUCACAUGCUCUAUGCAGCAAUAGGAGCCAUUGCAUUCACUCUGUUUCUGGCCUAUCACACCCAGCUGCUCAUCGGGAACAGGAAGCUCUCCAUUGGGGCAGAGGAGUAUGUGUUUGCGGCUCUCUCCCUUUAUGUUGACAUUGUCCAGAUCUUUAUCUUCCUCCUGCAAAUUAUUGGAUUUGCAGAGAGAUAGAAGCUUUAAGCUGGCCGAUGGAACUUUUCUGUUUUGUCUUUUAAUGUUUAUACACUGUGCAGUGUCUUCUCAAUCCAGACCUAACUAACGUACUCAAAUAAUACAGAACAUGUAAAACAUAUCUAUCUUUAUACUGAUGAAACAACUGGUAAGGGAUGAAUAUCAUUUGCAUGAUUUACUUGCCAUAUGCAUAUGUUACAAUAAAAUAUGAGUGAUAUUA